AUGAUUGAAGAUGGCCAGAGAACAGAAACAAGCGAGGCACAGCACGCCUUGGAACAGCGCCUCAUCAGCUUGCUGAAAGAUUAUCAAGGCAGCACAGCUGAUGAUGUCGAGUCGAGUCUCGAGCUGACGCGAGCGCGGCACAUCGAGUAUUUGCAUGAAGGCCUUAGGGAGCGACAACAUCACAUAGCGCUGGGCUGUAGUAGACCCUGGCUAUGUUACUGGAUCACUCACUCUUUGGCGCUCCUACGGGCACCAUUUCCUCCCAGUGUAGAGCCUAUCGAUGUGGUGAACUUCCUGCGCGCAUGCCAGUCUCCCACCGGAGGCUUUGGCGGUGGUCCAAUGCAGCUGCCCCACCUCGCACCCACCUAUGCAGCGACCUCUACGCUCGUCACCCUCGGGGGUCAGGAUGCGCUGAGCUCUGUGGACAGAGCGGCCCUGUUGGGGUUUGUCAAGAGGAUGUGCAAAGUCAGAUAUGCACUGAAUAUGCAUGCAGGUGGUGAGGUGGACUGCAGAGGCUGCUACACAGCGGUGGCAACGCUGCACAUGCUCAACAUGGACAAGGCCGCCGUCUUGCAGCUGUCCGGCAUGGCAGAGUUCAUCGGUCGCGGGGGUGUGCAUGCACAGACUUAUGAGGGAGGAUUGGGAGGGGAGCCUGGGAAUGAGGCACAUGGGGGCUACACCUACUGCGGCCUGGCAGCUCUGGUCCUGGCAGACCGCGUUGAUGUCCUCAAUCUGCCCUCACUACUGCACUGGGCGGUCCACCGACAGGGAUUGGUGGAGGGGGGCUUCAUGGGCCGCACAAACAAGCUGGUGGACGGCUGCUACUCCUUCUGGCAAGGGGCACUGUUCCCUCUCCUGCAGCAGUGCAUUUGCGUGAUGUGGGCACUUCUAGCUGAGGGAUCUGCUGUGCCACAGGUGAGUGCAGCAGUACUGUGCACAGAAGAGGAAAACGCCGUUGCAGAGCCGCCCACAUGCAGCAGCAGUGGCACCACUGAAGGUUCCAGAGCGACAAAUGUCCCUGACAGGCCAUUGUUCAACACGGCGGCCCUACGACUCUGGCUGCUGCAGUGCUGCCAGAACAGACGCGGCGGGGGUUUGCGAGACAAACCUGGAACAGCUGUAGAUUACUAUCACACCUGCUACUGUCUCAGCGGGCUGGCCGCCUGUCAGGAGUACUCUGGUGGCCGCCACACUGAUGACUUUCCGCUUGUGGAUCCGUCAAUCAAUGUCCUGACGUCCAAGCUGGACGCGGCGAUCGCGUACUAUGGUUCCAGUGCUGUGUGUGAACUUGAGUCAGGAAUGGAUCAGGAAUGA